AUGGAGCACAAGAAGUGCAUGAAUGGGAGUGAUGAGAGUGAAUAUGCGCAUUUGUUCUCUCCCUUGACCCGCCUAACAGGACAGCAGUUCACCAGUGCUGAAGGGGAGCAAACAGAGAUUGAUGUUGCCGAAUUGCAGGAAUGGUAUAAGAAAUUUGUGGUUGAAUGUCCCAGUGGGACCCUCUUCAUGCAUGAAUUCAAGUGGUUCUUCCAAGUCCAGGAUAACUGUGAAGCAGCAGAGUCCAUUGAAAACAUGUUCAGAGCUUUUGAUAAGAAUGGGGAUAAUACCAUUGAUUUUCUUGAAUACGUAGCUGCCUUGAAUCUUGUUUUGCGAGGAAAACUGGAACACAAGCUGAGGUGGACAUUCAAAGUAGAUGUCAAGGAGGGCAAUGGCUGCAUAGAUAAACCUGAGCAGCUGGAAAUUGUUGAGGACCAUGAGAGGGUCUCCGGAUCUGACAACAAAUGCAAAGGGCACAGCAGUUACUUCAGCCCUGGCGAUGGGCACUGCGGCUACCCCAACCCCCACGACAAACACCGCAGCUACCCCAACCCCCACAACAAGCACGGUGGCUACCCCAAUCCCCGCAACAGGCCUGUGUCUCAGCUGUGGAAAUGCUGUCUGAAAAUUCCAAACACCUGUUCAAAAAACUGUUCAAAAAAUUGGGAGUCAACUGCUUUCUAUGAGCUUGAACCAGUUGCUUUGGAGGACCCUGAAAGUGUCUGGACAAAAGAAGAUGGUCAAAAAGAAAGGCUUGCUGAGGACACAGUUGGGUUUCUGAAAGAGAUGACUGGAAUCCUGAAAGAAUAUUUCUCCCUUGAGAUGGGAGAGGUGGCUGCUGCUAUUACUUCUGACA